UCCGGAAGUUGAACUUGUUUUAGCAUGCUAACCUUGAUACUUCAGUUUUUUUCUAACAAUGGGCUUCUGUUAUGUCGGUGAACGACAAAUGGUCAAGUAUACGAAUAAUAUAAAAUAGAGCAGCUUAUAUUUGUCAAAUGUACGCGAAGUACAACUCUUUUUGUCUCGCUUUGUCCAUAGCGACACGUCAAUUUACGUCAAUUCCGCAAAUGCGCACUCAGUCGGUCGGAGCCUGAGCUGAGCAACGGUCGCAGGAAGACAGAAAAACCAGUCAAACACGGUCCACUUUGAGCCGAACCUUGUUAAAUAUCAUUAAAUCGCAGCCCGGCGACGAGGAAUGAACAUUAUAUGAUCCAAUAGUGAGCACUCGACGGUCACGGGAGCAGCAAAACGUCCGUUUCCAGUGACUCGGCAACCGGAACAACGAGCCAUUUUGCCGUAGUCGGAAGGAAGAGUCGACUCAGCGACUGAAAACAGACCAUGAAUCCCGAAUACGAUUAUCUGUUCAAGCUGCUGCUGAUCGGGGACUCGGGAGUGGGCAAGUCCUGCCUGUUGCUCCGCUUUGCCGACGAUACCUACACUGAAAGUUACAUCAGCACCAUCGGAGUGGACUUUAAAAUCCGAACUAUUGAACUGGACGGCAAGACCAUCAAACUGCAGAUUUGGGACACAGCAGGCCAGGAGAGGUUUCGCACCAUCACCUCGAGCUACUAUCGCGGCGCACACGGCAUCAUCGUAGUCUACGACGUGACAGAUCAGGAGUCCUACAGUAACGUCAAACAGUGGCUCCAGGAAAUCGACCGCUACGCUAGCGAAAAUGUCAACAAGCUUCUGGUGGGCAACAAGUGUGACCUGACCACGAAGAAAGUAGUGGACUAUACAACAGCCAAGGAGUUUGCCGACUCGUUGUCCAUCCCCUUCCUGGAGACGAGCGCAAAGAAUGCCACAAACGUAGAACAGGCCUUCAUGACCAUGGCGGCAGAGAUCAAGAAGCGUAUGGGCCCCGGAGCCACCGCGGGUGGCGACAAACCCAAUUUGAAAAUUGAGAGCACCCCCGUCAGGCAGUCGGGGGGCGGUUGCUGUUGAACGAGCGCCAGGCUAAGCGUCUCGGUCCCCUCUUUCCUAGAAUUCUGUCCUGUGGUUUUGCCUCCCUCCUUGAAUGUCACGUCAUCUCUCCAUCGACCUCUCGGUCCAGAUUCCCUACGCACAGGAGAUUACGAUUACGCUAGAACUUUCCACACGUCAACGGUACCGCUCUUCUUUCCGGGGCGCGCCUUCUUUACCCGUCGCUUCUUUUUGCUAACGCUCAUUU